UGGCACUGCAGGCUUUCGGCUUGUUGCACGUAGUGCCUAUGGGACCGGGUGUAAUAUCAGACUAUGUUCCAGUCGACCUGGCGACUAACGGCCUUUUGUCAGCGAUCUGGGACUACGCUGUCCACAGGGAAUCGAACGAGCCACAAGUGUACAAUUGUGGAUCGUCUGACUGGAAUCCUCUGAGUUUUCAUACAUACUGUCCAAAUUAUAUCAAAUCAAUUGAGAAGUAUCCGUCAUCAAAGAUUGCCUGGUAUCCAUUCAUGUUCUUAGUUGGGAAUAUUUACAUAUUUUUCGUACUGCACGUGCUAUUCCACGUGUUCCCUGCAAUCGUUGCUGAUGUGGUCCUAAUGAUCCAGCGGAAGAAACCAAAGGCGUUGAAGAUAGUGUCCAAGGCAACCGUGCAGUUUCGUGCGUUGUAUUACUUCAUAAGUACAUCUUGGAUAAUAAAAGCGGAUAAACUGAAGAGUGUCGUGAAUCGUAUGAAUGCUACGGAUUUAGAGGAAUUUUCAUUUGAUAUGACACUUAUAGACUGGGCUGAUGG